UGUAUGUAAUCUGUGGCUGUAAGUCUGCAUACAGUCCCGAGAGAAGAGGAGGCGGAUACACAACAUGGCGGCUCCGGGAAAACAGUAUGGACUAAUUUUACCCAAGAAAAUUCAACAGAGACCGGUUCUUUUAAAGAAACCAUCUGUGUUUGCUGAUGACUCUGAUGAGGAGGUCUCAGUGGCAAAGAGUCUUCAGAAGGAAGAGAUUAAGAAAAAACUAAUGAAACAGACCAAGCUUGAGAUGCAUAAAGCCUUGGAGGAAGAUGCAACAGUUUAUGAAUAUGAUAGCAUUUAUGAUGAAAUUCAGCAGAAGAAGGCAGAAGACAGUAGCAGACUUCUGGCAGGACAAGAUAAAAAGCCCAAGUAUAUCGCAAGUCUGAUGAAAGCAGUUGAGAUAAGAAAAAAGGAGCAGGAAAAGCGGAUGGAAAAAAAGAUACAGAAGGAGAGAGAGUCAGAAGAUGGUCAGUUUGAUGACAAAGAAGCAUUUGUAACAUCAGCUUACAAAGCAAAACUACAGGAAAGAGUGGAGGAAGAGGAGCGGGAACGGAAAGAGGCAGUACUAGAAGCUGCAUUGGAUGUGACCAAACAGAGGGACCUGAGCGGUUUUUACAGGCAUCUCUUAAAUCAGACUGUGGGUGAGGAGAAGACCCCAGAGUGCAGCCUCCGGGGAGCAGGAGUAAAAGAAAAGGAGUCCAGCGUUUGUUCUGCUGAAGUUUUCAGUAGUGACAACAAGGAAAAGCUAAAAAAUGAAAAGAAUAGGUCUGAGACACCAGAGCCUGCACUGGAAAAUUUAGAUGCUGAUAGUGAUUUUGAAAUUGAUAGUGAUGAUGAAGAAGAACAAUCUAAAAGUAAAAAGAAAUUGUGUUCUAAAGAUAGAGGGAAUGAAGAACAUUCUGAUGGUAGUGAAGCUGAUACAAACAAGCAUGGAACCCAAAAGCAGGCAUCCUCACGAGGAUCUUCUAGUGAUGAUCAAAGAGACCAUCUUCAGAGGGACAACCAAAAGGCAGCAGAGUUAAAGAAUGAACAGGACAGCAGUCUAAGAAAUAAGGAAAGCUCUGGCUAUAAAGAUAAACAUAAGGCAGAAAAAUAUAAAGACAGUGAAUAUGAAAGAGGGACAGAUACAUAUAAAUCAAGUAGGGACAGAGAAAGGGAAAGUAGACAGAGGGAGAGGGACUAUGAGAUAAAGGACAAAAAUAAGGACGAACAAGAAAACAGAUCAAAAGAUAAAGAGAAAAAAUAUAAAGAACAUAGAAGAGAAAAGGAAAGAGAAGAAAGAUAUAUGGACAAAAGACUGGAAAGACAAGCAGAAGACAAACAUGAUAAGUAUAGUGAAAGGGGACAAGAGAAAAGCAGAUCCAGUCUGACAGAUGGUCGUACGCAAGAGAAAAACAGAGAGGAGAAGCCUGAAGAAAAUGAAAAAAGAAACAAUGACAGUCUUAGGAGGGAUAGUAAGUCCGCUACAACUGAGAAAGAAAGGCAUAAGGACUCCACUAGACCAUCAGAAAAAGAAAAGCAUAGAGAUUCUGUUGGAUCUUCAGAGCUGAAACAUAAAGUUGCUCCUGAAAAAGAAGAUGAAGAUGUGUCCUCUGGGUCAACCAAAAGCCAGCCCAGUAAAUUUAGUAAGCGCAGCACUGAGGAGACUGUGAUGACUGCAAGGGAACGCUUCUUUGCCAGGCAACUUUCCCGCUUGGCAAACAAAUCUUAUAUUGAGAAGGAGGAGGACUAGAUGCUCUUGUUCAUUUUUUCCAGUACUGUAGAAAGUUACAAUAUGGAUUGCUUUUCUUCACUUGAUUCUGGUCUGUUAAAUAAAAUCUGUUAAUUGUCAUCAUUAUCUGUACUGGCUUCAGUUCCAGAUACAGGGAGAGCAUCACAAUCUGAGAUGUUAUCAAAAGAGGCUGGGUAUUUCAGUGGCCUAACCAUAGCAUUUAAAUUGUUGAUUAAAAAACAAUAUAAUUGA